GUGAACAGUCUGCAGCACACACUCGCGCAUUCACACACUUACACUCGCGCACUCACACGGAGCAACCUGCACAUGCAACUCACAGACACUUGUAAUUCACAUGGAGGAGGAACACCGUCAUUUACAGCCGCGGAGCACAACCCCAAAGUCCCUGAAUACUUCUGACCACACUGUUUAACGUGGAGGUCGAAGAUCAAGGCCGACGCCCUGCGUGAGGAUUUACAGAGCUCGUCAGAGCGUAUUUGGACCCCCGGAGCGUGUCUGGACCCCCAGGCAGCUUUAGGACUUCCUGUCUCUCAGUAUGGUGCCCGUGGCUCCCCCUAGCAGUGCCUUAUGAUGCACAGAUGGAUUGUGGGCAGGAAAAGGCCAGACCUGCUGCUGUUGGGACUCUGCAUCAGAGUGCUGCUGUGGAUUUGUGGGCUGGACGUGACUUUAGCUGACCACUCGGCUCUGUGCAACUGCUCCAAGCACGAGCGCUACACGCGCAACUACGACUACAUGGAGGGGGGCGAUGUGCGGACCCGCCGGCUCUACAGCCGCACGCAGUGGUUCCUCACUAUAGACGAGUACGGCAACAUCAACGGCACGCAGGACCCCAACAACUGCUACAGUAUUCUGGAGAUUCGGACAGUGUCAGAGGGAGGCAUUCUGGCCAUUAAAGGGGUGAAGAGUCAGUAUUAUAUUUGUAUGAACCGUAGUGGAGUUCUACAGGGAAAGAAAGACUACAGCGACAGCUGCAACUUUAAGGAGGUGUUUUUAGAAAACUUCUACACGGCCUACUUGUCUGAUAAAUGGACUAAAACCGGGAAGGAGAUGUUUAUCUCUCUGUCGCAGAAGGGCCGGCCACUGAAGGGCAAAAAAACACGCAAAGAGAUCAUCGCUUCGCACUUCAUCCCACGCAAGUGCAAAGAGGACGACAAGACGUCAGCCUGACACACAGACACACCUCAAACUUACUCCACAAUCCGUCCAAAAACUUUAAACACAGUUUCAACAGGGGCCGCUGCUCCUCCUUUGCAGCACCGACUCUGCUCACCUGGAUUGAGUGCAGUAUGUUCUGAAUGUGCUGCACUAUUGCUUGAUUUUUGUGUUUUUUGCGAUGUUUUGCUCCUUUUGUGGACUUUUACUGAUGCUCUUACCUGCAGGGAGCUGGACUGAAAUGCGAAAGCACUUCCAUCACUAACAAUUACUCUACUAAAGAUCUCUACUGGUCAACAGCAAUGACUCUGAGAAAAAGACUAUGGAUGUAAAAAGCCGAAUGGGAGUUUGAGGACUCGUAACAAGAGGGUGAAAUGUUUGCGUAAGCAAGAUUCUACUGUAUCUCAUUAAACAGAGGACAAACUUACGUCAGGGCAUCAAGGGAACACAAUCGUGACUUUACUAUCAGCAGUAAAGCAGCCAUUAGGACAGCAGCAACGUCAGUGCCUGAGAUCUUCCAAAGCAGGAGAUGGUUUUAUGUCAUUCUUAAGCAGAGCUUUAGCCACAAAUGUUAUUAUAAGGUCAGCAGAAUAAACAAAGGAAUCACAGUAACCCACAGCGCAUUAAAACUCCAUUCCGAAUCAUAAAAGCAAAGACUGCUUUGAACUGUAACCAGUGUCUCAUUUCAUGAUGCAAACCAUAAUUUCACAAUUUCAUAAUUGGAAAACCACUAAUAUGGCCCACAGUGUAUUCUUGAGCACAGUCCUCUCAUUUAAAGGGCCCAUAUCAUGAAAAACGACUUUGUCUGGCUCUGUUGACAUAGUUUGGAAACACUUUUAACAUUUUAAAAUGUCCUGUUAUACUUAUAUAUAUAUAUAUAUAUAUAUAUAUAUGUCCAUAUAUGGACACUAAGGUGCAAAAACAGCUCGUUUUGCAUUCAUCGUGGUUGUGACAUCAAAGAAUUCAAAACAAUGGUCAAAACAAUGUUAGCAGUUUAGCCCCACCCACCCAG